AACCGGCGCGUGCGCAACACGCGUCUGUACAAAACUCAAACCCGAUACGAUCGCGAACGCGACGUUUUGUCUCCUGGUCCUUUUGUUUUACAAAUAGUUCCAAUGGAAGUAAUGGGGACACACCUCAUUUCCUUUUGUCACGAUUCUCUUUAACACAGUGUGAAUAUGCUUUGUUAGUUCAGAAAAGAAGUGUUAGUUCAACUUUUGGAAAACUUUAAACAACUCUUAUAUCUAGAAACAAAAAUAGAAUAAAUCAUAUUUAUUAUUGGAUAAAAUACAUGAAGUGCACAAAACCUAAGUCGUGACAUAGGAAGUAAAUUAAUCUGAUAAAAGAACAGCGAAAUUAUUUUAUUGCGAUCGAUUAAGGAACACUCCAACUGUGGGAUGAAAAAUGUUUAAACAAGAACUAUUUUUACUGGUGUGGGUGUGUGGGGCCUUGGCAGCGUUAGACGGGUAUAGCCCGCAGCAAGAUCCCGACCAGUUCCACAUACAAACAGACGAGGACGAUGAACGGUAUUUUCUCUACCAAACUCAUAAUGGACAGUAUCGGAAAGAGAGAAGACUCAAAGAUGGAUCCGUCGUUGGUACAACAGGAUGGGUAGGCGCCGACGGAUACCUGCGUCUCCAGGACUAUAUAGCGGAUCAUGAAGGCUACCGAAUUUACAAGUCCAAAACAGUUUAUGUUGGUCAAAAUAGACCAAUAGGAGAAUCCUUGAAAAUUGCUAAAACGGCCCCUACAGACUCUGGUUACGGCGUGACACCAGCAUCUUCAUUAAAUCAAGCUCGUGUCAGUUCUACCACGCCAGUACCUUUCCAACUUUCAUCCACAUUAUCACCACCCCACUCUUUUCCUUCUGAAGUCUCAGUCACUCCUCCACCUCCAUCAUAUCCAACCUCCACGCCAUUGCCCCACGUUACUGUAUCUCCUAACUCAAUUGAUAUAUCUUCUACUCCGUUUAAUUUUAGGCCUACUGUGCCACCAAUUACUGCUGCAGAAGCUUCACCGUCUUCCAUUCCUUACGAUUACGACUCUUCAAAUACUAACACAAUUGAUGAUGGUUAUUUUGCAAGUGACAGUACACCAUACAGACGAUUUGAUGUGUUUAAUCCCAAUUCAUAUAGACAUGCCGAUGACUGGUUAAGAAGACAACGACCUAAAGUUAGACUUGGCGAUGGAUAUACACCUCAAUUCCCUCAAUAUGACGGAAUCGCCUUCAGACAAAACGGCUUUAGAUAUUAUUUACCCAAACAGUACCAUGAAGAAGAAACGGGGAGCUCCCAUGACCGAACUGGAAGCUUCGGUUACAUAGAUCCGUUUGGUAUUCGCCGCGUCAUAUAUUACAACACUGCUCCCGGCGAAGGCUUUCAAAUUCGUAAAAACAACAGAUAUGUUGGACAUGAUGCCACUCCUUAUGAUCCACGGCCCAUAGAUUGAUAUAAAUUAUCUGUAGAAUUAUUGUUAUUAUCUACAAUAGUGUUAAAAUUGAAGUUACCUAAUAAUUUAUUAAUCAGUAUUGCUAGUUCAUGCGAAUGUAUUAUAGGAGACAUAACGAUUUAUUUACUCGAACGAUGCGAAUUCUUAGCCACUACUUAAUUUUACAUUGAGUACUUUGUUUAGCAUAUUUAGAACAAACGAUGCUUAUUUA